CAACUCUCUCUGCUUCUCCCCCCCUCCCCUCCACAUUUCUCCAUCUCUCCAUCUCUCUUUACGCAGAGCCUACCCGACAGCCACCCCAACACCUCUUGACAUGGAAAUACAUUGAUACAAUAGGCAAAAAGGGACAGGCGAUUGCUUCUCCGGAAUACCAGGUGGCCUAUUUGAGCGAUUUGAUCUUGACCUUAUUCCUGCAAAAGAGGAAAGUAAUUAUUAAGGGGAUCUGUACUACCAAUUAGAUGACACAAAAGGAGGAGCGGGUGGGGAACACUUUGGUGGAGAAGCGAGCGGCCCGGGAGCGCGCGGCCACCAGACAAUGCCUGCGCCGGGAGGUAGACGGGUCGUGGCAGCCUCGGGUUUUCGUAAUGGAAGAUUUGAGCAUCCAUCGAGGUAUCUGGGAUGGAGAUGCCAAGGCUGUCCAACAAUGUCUGACAGAUAUUUUUACCAGCGUUUAUACCACCUGUGACAUCCCUGAGAAUGCUAUAUUUGGUCCUUGUGUCCUGAGCCACACUUCCCUAUACGACAGCAUAGCUUUCAUAGCUCUUAAGUCUACUGACAAGAGAACAGUUCCUUAUAUCUUCCGGGUGGACACCUCGGCGGCAAAUGGUUCCUCAGAAGGUCUCAUGUGGCUGCGUCUGGUCCAAUCAGCCAGAGAUAAAGAAGAACAGAACCUUGAAGCCUACAUCAAAAACGGACAGCUGUUUUAUCGCUCCCUCCGCAGAAUUGCCAAAGACGAAGAGUUACUCGUUUGGUACGGGAAAGAACUGACUGAGUUGCUCUUGCUCUGCCCCUCUCGAUCCCACGGCAAAAUGAAUGGCUCGUCCCCUUACACUUGCCUGGAAUGCAGCCAGCGUUUCCAGUUCGAGUUCCCUUACGCGGCGCACCUGCGCUUCCGCUGCCCCAAGAGACUGCCCGGCCCUGAGCUGAGCUCCCCAGACGAACACGGCGGCGGCCUGGGCGCGAAGGACCACGGGCUGUGGCCGAGGCCUUGUAGUCACAGGGACCGGCUGAUCCUGCCAAGGCCAGGCAGGUGGCUGAAAGCUCCCAGCACAAGACUUGAAGAGGGAGGCCAAGGAAGAGCGCACAGGUUGCUGCCCAAGGAUUUGCUUUGUCCCAACCAGCAGCAGGACGUCUGGGAGCUGACCCGGAGGGAGCCUAGAGAAGGCCGUCUCCGUGCGUGUCCCUGGAUUAGAUUCCAGACUGCUGCGAAUCCCGCGUCUGUCGACGGGGCGAUGCUUCCAGGCUGUUUCCGGAGUCAAGAGUCUGCCUCCCGGCGGGCGAGCCUGGGGAGGCACUCCGUAAGCGUCUGCCGGCGUCCGCGAGGGCCGGACAGACACCGGACCCUCCGGGGUAGUGCCAAGGUCCCGGGGCUCAGCGUUCCCCGACGUCUGCAGACGCGCGUGCGACAGCGGCAGCCUCUCCUCUCGGGGGCAAGGUGCCAGCUUCGAUGCGCUGCCCGGCGGCCGGCGGUGGGCGAGGAAAGGCGCCCAAAUGUCUCUCCCGGUUCCUCAUCUCCGAAUCCACCUCAUCCACCUCUCACCUUCCUGAAUCGAGUCCCAGGUCCUCGCUCACGCUUAACGUUUUCCCUCCGAGCAAGCAAUCUCCUUAGGCAGCUCUAA